GGGGCUUAGAGGUCCUUGGAAUUCAUGUGGCGCGAUCUGGGAAAUUUGACCGAAAAUAUUUGCUUGUCAAAUAUUUAACGAAUUUGUCCUAAAGCAUACCGGGGACUUCAUAUGGACAUGAACAAUGUUUUCUUUAAAACACAGUUGUUGGUUUAUUCGUAAGGUGGUAUGUUGGAGAGCUAUUGCUAGCAUUGCUUGGUCUGUGCUGCUGUUGCCAGUCACCACAACGCUGUUUGUGUUCUUGAGUAGAUUCAGUUUACUCCAUCCAAUUCAGUGGAUAUCGGAUUCACUUGCUCUUCUGACUGCUUCAAGUACCAUCUUCUCUCUUGUGCUACUCUCUGGAGUGGUGUUGGUGAUUGGUUUUUUCAACCUCGAAUCUUACACAGUUGUCCCUUCCAUCCCUUGCACAAGGAUUGCUCUUUUGGGGAAGGUGCUCCACCCUCGGCAAUGCAUACACUCUGUUGUGCACGCAGCGGUGGGGAUGCUUGUGUCUUGGUGUGCCGCUAUCACCAUCGGGGGCAGGUACCGCACCUUGAGUUCCCCCUGCCUUCCGUCUGAGAGUGAAGAUACUGGCCAGAUGUGUCUGAAUGAGUACCAUCUGCUCCUGUUGCUGUCCGGAGCCUUCAUGGGAUACAGCCACAGUCUCCUUGGUGUUGUGAACAACAUGAAUUAUGUGUCUUUCCCUGCCAUACAGCAAUAUAAAUAUCUGCGCUUUAAAGGCUCUCUGUCUCUUGUGGUGAAAUGCAGUGCUGUGCAAUCCAUGUAUGCACUGAGGAAUUACUUAGCUCUGUACUUCUUUUUUGGAUAUGCACCUAAAACGUGGAUCUGCAGAACUCUCAAUCUACAGGAAGAUGGGUCUCUCCAUGCUCUGGACACUGUCGCUGGACUGCUGGACUUUGCUUUGCUGUACCAUCUGUGGAUCGCUGGGACAUUCCUGCUGCUAACCUGGUACAUCACAGUCCUGCUCUUCAGGAUUUAUGUGUCAGAGAUGCACAGUUUUCCAGUCCAGCCUACAUUUGCGGAGGAAGUUGAGGAAUGUCUUCCCAAAGUCUUACUCUGCAAGGAGCCAGCCAUCAUUAAGUUCUUAGCCUUGCAGGACCUGGCUCUUCUGUCCCAGCAUUCGGCCGUGAGAAGGCUGGAGGUGUUCAGUCUCAGUCAGCCAGGUGGCCACCCUCACAACUGGAAUGCCAUCAGUAAGGAGUGCCUGUCCCUGCUGACGGAGCUGACUCAGAGGCUGGUGGCUCACCAUGAUGCAGUGGCCUCCAACGGCCGCGUCAAGUCCCAGUCCAGCAGCAGCUCCGAGACCAAGUCUGGAUCGUGGGGCUCAGUGUCAUCGGGGACCACGGACCUGCCGAAGACGCCUCUUCCCAGCCACAUCCUGAAGACCCCGGGCUCCGUGUUCCUGCGCUCCUCUGUGGGGACACUGCACAGCCCCCUGACCGCCCCCUUCACUCCCGACCUGGACAGCCCCUUCUCCUCCCCCUCCAUCCGCCGUCUGACCGCGCCCCAGGAGCCCAACUCACCCUGGUUCGGCACCGUGCAGAGCCCCCACGUCAUGAGGAGGGGGCCCAAGCUGUGGAGCGCCUCAACAGAUUCUCAGAGUAAUGGCAGCACCACUGCCAGCCCUGCUCCUGCUGCUGCUGCUGCUCCUGGCCCCAGUUCCCCUCCAGCCGAUCACAAACCCAGUUUCCUCGCCCAGUGGCUUCAGAACCGCAAGGAACAGGUGAAAGGUUUCAUGGCAAAGAGGGUGCUGGUUAUGUAUUUAUUUAACAAGCUUCCAGAGGCAACCAGCCAAGCUUUGUUUGCUGACAGCCAAGCUCACAUUUGGGCUUUAGAAGGGUUGUCCCACCUUGUGGUGGCGUCCUAUUCAGAGGAUCGCUUUGGGGUUGUGCAGACUACACUAUCAAGUAUUCUCAGCACCAUGCUGGUGCUGCAAGAGGCAGUGGACAGACACUUCAAGCUGCCCCACGCAUCCAGCAAGCCUUUGAGGUCCACCUGCAGCAUGGGAGAGUCCACCUACAAGACCCUGCGCUUUGCUAUGAGGGCGGCACUCAAAACCGCCAUAUACAGGAUAACCAACACCUUUGGGGAGCACUUACAUGCUGUGCAGAUGUCCACUGAUCACAGAAAAAGACUGCAGCAGUUCCUCGAGUACAAAGAAUAAGACGGACUCAAUGAGAUUCCCAUGCCUAUCUGUCUGGGACCUCUGUGCUUCGUGGCCACGUCUCUGUGUCUGUGUAUGUCUGUCUGUGUGUGUCUGUGUGUGUCUGUGUGUGUCUGUGUGUGUCUGUGUGUGUCUGUGUGUGUGUGUCUGCUGGCCCACACACAAAUAUGGUUACCAAUUGUGCACCAAAGCAUGGUAUCCGCGAGGAGCACAGGCAACCUGAUGAAUUACAAGUCACACAGGAGGCUGACUGAGUCGUCCUCUGCUGCUGCUGUGGGACUGCUGCCCUGUGAGGGACACUCUACCCUCUGCCUUCUCAGCUAAUGAAACAUUUAGGACUCGCUGGUCAGCCGACUGGCAGCACAAGAAGACCCUCAAUCAUGAGCAAGAGACAGUUCCAAAAAGGAGAUCGGUUAAUUUUUUUUUUUCCUUUUCCUUUAUUAGUAUUUAAUAAGAAGGGUGGAAUACAUUAGACUGUAAUGGUGUGUCUUACUUGUUUUGAUUGAAACCAGCUGAGAAGAAUUGCAGAGCUUCACCAGUUUAUGUACCUUAACAUUCACUUUGACAAGCUUGUUGUUUAACCUGUUUGUUGAAGCCCGGGCUGUGUUUAAUUUCACUUGAUUAAGAAUUCACCCACAGGUGAAGAAAGUGGUAUUGUUUUGCUUGUUCUCGAAAACAUCUUCCUUGUUAAGUGCCCUUCUUAUUCAGAUCUUGGAUGUCACCAGAGGUCUUGUGUUUUCUCACCUGUUUUCUGAGUGGUUGCUGGUAUUCAUGUAUAAGGGGUUUGUGGUCUUUCACCCAUAGUAAAUGCAAUCAGAGAUCACACAUUUCUGGAACAUUAUGAGUGAUACAGUACUGCAGCUUGGAGGACACACUGUUUGUACAUGUCGAGUUAAUAAAUAGCUUUGUACUUGUGUAAAAUGCA